AUGCCUCCUGUAGUAAGUGACGUUCAACGAUGAUAGGUCCUGAAUACUCACGAUCCUCAGACACCUUCGCCGCAUCGCUUUCUGGCAGGUUCACGCCGUGGUCGGUCUCCACCAAAACAGCCAAAGCAUGGUCCGGGACUGCGCAGUCAAGCUCCCAGGCAGCACCAAACUCCGCAGACGAGGACACCUGCUCAGAAUGCACAAUUUGCUCAGACGCCGCGGUUCUCAUUUGGAAAGCCCGCUCAGGCGCCGUCGCCGCCCAGACCAACCACUGCACAGGCUCUUCGUGCAUCUAUAGGGCCGUCUGAAGAUGUGGAAGAAGCACCUGCUUCUCAAGAUGACGAGGACGAAAUGUUGCUUGACAAUGAGCAGGCGGAGGCACUACCGACGACAGAAAGUACUCAACAGCGGCAUGAUGAAGAGGCAUGGACGAAUGAGCUUCCCUACUCACCCAAGCGGCGUAAAUUAGAAGAGGCUGCUCAGGAGUCGCCAGCAAAAUCCAUGUUCAAGCACCCAACUACACCCGCAUCUGCCAAUGCACCCAGGCCGCAGCAGUUCACGCGGGCUGGCGGCGUCGCAAGUACUGUCAACGACCGAGAUAGCCAGAUCCGCCGGCCUCCAUUCUUACGCUCUUCGCUCGCGCCUUUGGAGCCAGCUGAGCCGUUGCCAGAUGCGUUCUCUCCUCAUCGACGAGGGGAGAAGUUUGUGGCUGGUGGUAUGGCCGCUACGAUGCAGCAAUGGGUGAUUGAGACUGGACAAGGCGCCGCGCACAGCAGGAGAGGGCAGAGCUAUCUUCGAGGUGAAGAUUAUGUUCUGCGUGUGAAAGCUGAGACGGUAAUCGGCAGCGGACCGAUUCUGAUGCAAGGGAAAUUGCCAGACGACGAAGAGAUGAACCUCAUGCUCGUGCGGGAAGCGAGGAAGACCUCGAGUGAUGUUGUGCAGGGUAGCAUGGUGGGUGUUCGGGCACCAACGUGGGAGAUGGAGUUGGAUGGAAGAAAGUGGACGGUCGGCGUGGACUGGAAGAUUCUGCCAUUUUGA